UGCAAGCAACGCUUUUUACCAAUUUACCAUAUCAUAGAUUUUCUAAAUCUACAAAUUAUAAUUAGACAUAAUCAUUGACACAAUAUGAAUUUGUAUCUUAUAAUUACUUGUAUCAUUUUAUUUCUGUUUAUUGUUGAUAACCAGGUCUAAUCAUGUUCAAGGCAAAGACAUCUAAUUGCAUGUGGUUAAUAUCAUAUUCAUUAUCUGAACUCAGGAUUUUUCUAAAUGAAGGAAACAGGCAGUGAGCUCAACUCCCACAAUUGAUCCAAAAGAUUCAGCAUGUAAACAAACAUGGGGGUUGCUAUAACAAGUCUCAAAUACAAUUGAUGAGUCUUACUUCUUGUAUUUAUCACUUUCUCAAAAACUUGUGCUUCACAAUUCAUUCAUAAAUAACAUUGACCUUGGAGUAACAAAGUUUUAGUUUUCUUAACAUUUCAUAUCAUAUCAAAUACAAUGGAAUACAAAAAAUACAAGGAACAAAAAAAAAAUCAACAAAAAGAUACAAGGAAGAGACGAGAUUAUGCUCCAAAUUAUUCAUUAAAUAAGUUUAAAAUUGUAAUUUAUAUGUGACAAAUUAAUUUAUAUAAUAACGUGAUUGUUCACAGGAAGUCAAGCAUUUGUUUUUCUCAUUGACAAAUUCUAUCCUUGCUUAGUAAUUAAACUAUCCAAACUUGUAAUUAUUGAACAUGAGAUUGUCAGUGAGAUAAAAGUUCAAAUUUCUGACUCAUUCGAAUAGAUUGACUAAAGAUUUUCUUCAAAUAAUGGUAAAUUAUAUUUGUUGGGCUAUCCAUGGCCUCCAGUAGACAGCAUCUUAUCAGAGGUGAUGCUGAGGAGGGUACAGUACAUCUUCUCAGUUCCAGUAUCAGAGGUGAUGCUAAGCAGGGUACGCUACAUCUUAUUAGUAUCAGAGGUGAUGCUAAGGAGGGUACUCUACAUCUUAUCAGUAUCAGAGUUGAUGCUAAGCAGGGUACGCUACAUCUUAUCAGUAUCAGAGGUGAUGCUAAGCAGGGUACGCUACAUCUUAUUAGUAUCAGAGGUGAUGCUAAGAAGGAUACGCUACAUCUUAUCAGUAUCAGAUGUGAUGCUAAGCAGGGUACGCUACAUCUUAUUAGGGAUGAUGCUAGGGAGGAUAGAAGUUACGUGAUGAGUCACAAUUCACUAAGAAUAUAUUCCAUGUGGUGUGGGUCUGAUUUCCCCCAAUUUAGGACAGUUAUUAAAAUUCUCAAUCUACUAUCAUAUUAGUCUAUCAUGGAAAAGUCACAUACAAGUCAAGGGGAGUUGGGAGGGGGGGGGGUCAAUUUCUCAGGUUAAAAAAAUGUAAUAAUAAACAGGUAAAACAGGAGCCACCCAUUUAGUAAACAAUUACUUGUUCAAUUCCAUCGCAAGUCUUAUUGUGGAUAGAAGAUUUAGGACAGAGUUUAUAUUGAGGAGAGAACAAAAAAAAAUCACAUUUCUUGUGGUUCAUUUUGAACAAAUGUUUCAUCAUCAUAUUGUUUAAUCUUGAUUUAACUUCUGAAAGCUUACAAACCCACAAUACCCACAAAUAAUUUAAUGUUCAUUUGAACAGUCAAGGUCAGUGUAGUGAGAGACUGUACAGUCAAGGUCAAUGUGGUGAGACUGAACAGUCAAGGCCAAUGUGGUGAGACUGAACAGUCAAGUUCAGUGUGGUGAGAGACAUUAGAGCCAAGGUGAGUGUGGUGAGAGACUGAACAGUACAGGUCAGAGUGGUGAGAGACAUUAGAGUCAAGGUCAGGGUGGUGGGACUGAACAGUCAAGGUCAGUGUGGUGGGACUGAACAGUCAAGGUCAGUGUGGUGAGAGACUACAGUAAAGUCAGUGUGGUGAGAGACAGUAAAGCCAAGGUGAGAGACUGUACAGUCAUGUUAUGCAUUACAAAAACUUUUAUAAGGGGAGCUAAAAAUGUUUGCCCAUAUACUUUGGACAAUAAAACUAAAAGAAUAAUUAUGGCAUCACUGCCUCAGUCAUUCUCAUAUCAAAUUCUCGCAAAAAUCUUACCGUAUGUACUUAUAUAUAAGUCGAGGUAUUUUAUUAGUUAACAUCAUUUUUGAAACGCAGAGUUGACUUUUCCACAGGUCGGUGUUAGUUACGAUAGAAUUUUGUACAUUGAAUGUGGGGCAAUGUUUAGUUACCCCUAGUGCUUAGUGAACUUACUGGUAGCUGUAUGUUGACCCAAAUACUGAAUACACACACAGAUGGAGAUUAAGAUAUAAACAUAUGGUGUGAUAAGUCUGGAGCCAAUCAUACUUCGGCCACAGUUCUAGGAAUAUUUGGACAAUAUAGUCCCAAGUUUUACCCUCGACUUAUCCACAAAUCAUAGCAUUGUUAAAAAAAAUACCCUCAACUUAUGGACAAGUAUAUACAGUAGGUAUAAUUUAUAAUUAAGUAGAAUAGACAUUUAGCAGCCGAAAAUGAACAAGUUUUUGUGUAGCUCGGAACUGUCCUGAAGAUGUCCAUGGUCUGACACACAAACACAAAGAACCUGUCAUGAUGCUGUCCAUGGUCUGACACACAAACACAAAGAAACUGUCAUGAUGCUGUCCAUGGUCUGACACACAAACACAAAGAACCUGUCAUGAUGCUGUCCAUGGUCUGACACACAAACACAAAGAACCUGUCAUGAUGCUGUCCACGGUCUGACA